AUGUCUUCCAAGGUCAAGGCUGGUCAACUCUGGGGAAAGAGCAAGGAUGAUCUCACAAAGCAGCUGGAUGAGCUGAAGACCGAGCUGGCUCAGCUCCGUGUCCAGAAGAUCACCGGCGGUGCCUCGUCGAAGAGCCUGCGGAUCCACGACGUCCGCAAGUCGAUCGCCCGCGUCCUGACCGUCAUCAACGCCAACCAGCGCUCUCAGCUCCGCCUUUUCUACAAGAACAAGAAGUACCUCCCUCUUGAUCUCCGCCCCCGCCUCACCCGCGCUCUCCGUCGCCGCCUCACCAAGCACGAGGCUACCCUCAAGACCGAUCGCCAGCGCAAGAAGGAGAUCCACUUCCCUCAGCGGAAGUACGCCAUCAAGGCGUAA